AUGUUUUGUGGAGUGGUUCUGGAAACUACUAGCCUUCUAUGUGCAAGCGCAGCGACCAAAAUAUGGCAUCUAUUCCUAACGCAAGGGAUGGUUUUUGGCCUGGGCCUGGGACUUAUCUUUAUCCCCCUGGCAGCGGUUGUUCCGCAGUGGUUUACCAAAAGAAGGUCUCUUGCUAGCGGUAUUUCGCUCGCUGGGGCAGGUCUUGGUGGUCUGACCUAUUCACUUUCUGCUUCAGCCAUGAUCAGGGACCUUGGCCUUGCAUUGACAUUUCGAAUCCUGGGUGUAAUUGCAUUCGUUGUGAACACAAGCUGCAUUCUCCUUAUCAAGGAGCAGAAGGGCCAUAGAGCAUUGAACCAGAAAGCAUUUGAUAUGACACUCUUGAAAAGAGGGGAGUAUAUCCUCCUUCUUGGAUUCAGUGCAUUCAGCAUGCUAGGCUAUUUCAUCCUCAUAUUUACCCUCGCCAAUUUCGCAAACUCUAUUGGAUUGAGUUCCUCACAGGCCUCCCUUGCAAGUGCAUUGUUCAAUCUUGCCCAAGCAGUAGGACGGCCCCUGAUUGGAUAUUUCAGCGAUAAAACCGGGCGCAUCAAUAUGGCUGGGGCCAUGACCUUUAUUGCUGGGCUGCUACCCUUGGCUAUGUGGACCAGUACCAAAAGCUACGGGGUGCUGAUUUCUUUUGCCUUGCUUGAAGGUCUUGUGGCGGGAAACUUUUGGGCAACGAUUGCACCACUUGUUGCAGAAAUAGUUGGGCUGAGCAAUGUGUCAUCAGGACUCAGUCUACUAUGGGUUUCCAUUGCCGUGCCAUGCACUUUUAGCGAGCCAAUCGCAUUGGAGAUUGUGUCCGGAACAGGUAAAUAUCUAGGCACAGAGUUGUUCACUGGUUGCAUGUAUAUCGCCGCAGCAGUAUGCAUGCUGGUCCUAAGAGGUUGGAAAAUCGCCAACAACCCGGAGUGUACAACAAGAGACAAACCCCGUGAAUCCAUGCCCGGUGAAGUGGUUGGUAUUUCUCCUAGUCGGGAUGAGAAGAAAAAGCCAGGGGUAUGGCAGUGUGCCUAUAAAUGUUUCCAAUGGGUAAAUGUCUAG